AUGGCCGUCUCUCUUCCUACUCACCUCACUGUUCUCGAACGAAGCGCAGCGCUAUACAAAGACACUUCCGCAUUCCAGCUCCCUGUCAUCGACCCGUCGGGGCAAGUCUCCAACUGGACGCCUGUCUCGUAUGCGCGCUUCCAACUGGAUGUAGACGACUUCGCAAGGUAUUGGUUGCGCGUACUAAAGGCCGAUGGAGUUGCGCCACGAUCUGUUGUCGGUCUUUGGCUGUCAGGAAUGACCUACACGGAUGUGCUGCAUGUAUACGGCCUCUCCCGUGCGGGCUAUAUCCCACAGUUGUUCAGUGUCCGUCUGCCGAACCCUAAGGUGGUCUAUGAGCUGCUCGGAAAGGCCAAGGCUCGAGCCCUCAUCUACGAGCGGACCUUCAAGGACAUACUCGCCGGAUGCCCGGUCCCGACCCACGAAGCCCUCGACUAUGGCAGUGCCGUGCCCACCGAGGAAGACCUUCCUCUUCUUCAUGCCGGUGUACGGGCUAGCGACCCGGUCUUCAUCUUCCACACCAGCGGCUCCACCUCAGGAAGCCCGAAGCUCGUCCCAUGUAGCUUCACCUGGUUAGCGUCGGCCAUCAAGAAGUGUGAGCACAUCAUGACGCCCAUCAAGGCGUCUGAGAAGCGCGACGUUACGAUCUGGAUGGGAAGUAUUUCCCACAUCGGACAGAGCUUCAUGCUCCUCGGGGCCAUGCAACACGGUACCUGUACGAUUCAACCAUCCAAGAUCGCGUUUGACGCGGACGAACUGUCUUUGAUGGUCAACAAGUGCGGGCUCAACCGUCUCAACCAGUUUGCGACCUUCUUGGCGACCAAUCUGGUCGUUGCGCGCUCGAACCCUAAGGUCGCCGCAAUCAUGCAGAGCUUUGACGAGGUCUUGUACUCUGGGCUUCCCCUGGCCGUGGAGGAGGAGAAGUGGGCAUAUCAGAAUGGCGUCAGACUUCGGAACCUCUUCGGAAGCACAGAGAUCGGUGCGAUGCUGCGUUCAGUGGGAGAUGGUGACCGCCGCCUAGAGCCGCUUCCGGGAACCUGCUACGAGUUUCGCCCAUUGCCCGCACCAUCAGCCUCAGAAAGCGGCGCUCAAGCCAGCACUGCACAGUUGCUCGAAUUGAUCAUUCUCUCUAACUCGCCCGACUGCCCCGAUCCGACCUUGCGCUCGUCUCAGGAUGGUCACUUCCACACUGGUGAUCUCUUCAUCGAGAACAAGGGCAAGUACGUUUCGAUGGGCCGCAAUGAUGACUGGAUCAAGAGCGAGAACAGUCUGCGCUGUGACACGAAGGCCAUUCAAGACAACGUUCUAGAGACCUGCGACAACCUCGUUCGUGACUGUGUUGUGGUGGGCCAGGGCCGGCCAUCCCCGGUGCUCUUCGUAGAGGCUACCGAGAUGGGCGCGCGGAUGGGAGAGAGGUUGAAGCGUGAGAUUCUGCGCCGCACGCGGGCCUUUCACUCCCGCAGGUAUCUCCACGAACGAAUCGUCGACUCGAGAAUGAUCGUGAUCGUGGAGAAUGGUUCUCUACCUCGCACGGCAACGAAGGGAAACAUUCAACGCCAGAAGACCGAGGAGAUGUACAAACAGGAGCUGGACACCAUCUUCCGUGCCUCCCCAUAA